AUGCCUGAGCUCCUCCAGUACUUCCCACAGCGCGUCGAGUUGGCGCAGUACGCCCAGCCGAAUGCCUCGCGAACGUUGAUCAGACACCAACAAGCCACGUCCAUCACCAGCAAACCCGAAUGGCACGCGCCGUGGAAGUUGAUGAAGGUGAUCACCGGUCACCAGGGAUGGGUGCGGAGCAUCGCGAUAGAACCGGAGAACAAGUGGUUCGCCACGGGAGCCUCAGAUGCCACAAUCAAGAUUUGGGACCUCGCAUCUUCUAGGUUGAAAGUGACGCUAGCCGGACACAUCAUGCCCGUGCGCGGACUUGUGGUCAGCGAGCGCCAUCCGUACCUCUUCUCGGCGUCCGAAGACAAAACGGUCAAAAACUGGGACUUGGAGAAGAACAAGAUCGUCAGAGACUACUACGGACACGUUUCCUCCGUUUAUGCCCUCGAUUUGCAUCCCCAUUUGGACGUGUUAGCAUCGGCUGGCCGCGACGCCGUGGUGAGGGUUUGGGACGUGCGGAGCCGUACGGCGAUCCACGUGAUUUCCGGUCACACCUCCUCCAUCACCAACGUCAAGUUUCAAGAUGCGGAUCCGCAGUUGGUGAGCACAUCGAUGGAUGGAACCAUCCGGCUCUAUGACUUGGUCGCAGGCAAAACACGCCAGGUCUUGACCCACCACAAGAAGGCAGUGCGUGGGUUGGCAAUCCAUCCGGAGGAGUUCACCAUGGCAACAGCCUCAUCAGAUGAUAUUAAACAAUGGGGGUUCCCUGAGGGGGAUCUCUUGGGCAGCUGCUACCCGAAUCACACGGGCAUUGUGAAUACCAUUGCGUUAAACGACUCUAAUGUGUUGUUUUCCGGUGCCGAUGAUGGGAGUAUGGCGUUCUUUGACUGGAAAACCGGCCACAAGUUCCAGGACACCGCCACUACCGCAAUUCCGGGGUCGUUGGAGAGUGAGCGUGGAAUUUUUGCUAGCAGUUUUGACAAAUCUGGGUUGCGUUUACUCACCGGUGAGACGGAUAAGAGUGUAAAGGUGUGGCGCGAGGACCCAGACGCGACGCCAGAAACCCAUCCAGGAAACUCCUGGGAUUACUCCAUGGCGGUGGGUGAGAUAUAA